GAUCUGUCAGAUUGACUCGGAUGAGUUGUCGUUGAGCAUGGCCUUGCUGCGACGAAUCCGGCCAGCGUACGGACUCUUCCGCGAAGGUGUUGUUAUCCUUCCUCAUCGAGGUAACGUAACGUCUUUCAAAACGUUCUAUUUUUCAACGGUGCUCACGAGACAGCAGCAGCAGCAUCAACAACAGAAACCAGAAAGCAAUAACGAGGUGAGGAAUAACGAUAACGACGACAGCCGGUUGUCGAGCGGUGACAAGAGACCGGUCAUUGACGAGGCAACGAUUAGGAAGAUCGAAAGAUUGGCGCUGGUCGGCUACGAGUACGAUCGGAGCAAGCGGGUGCUAGAGGAAACGGUAGCAUUCGCCGAGCGACUGCGGACAGCUCGCAUCGACGACGAGACGGUGCGCCCGAUGUACAGCACCCUCGAGAACGAGUGCAUCCACCUCAGGGACGACGUGGCGCGACGCGACGUCGAUCGGCGCGAGAUACUGAAGAACGCCGCAGUGCUGGAGGAGGAGUACUUUGUCGCACCCUUGGUGACAACGUGCAAGGAGAAGGAGAGCAAACCGAAAAACGAUGAGUCUUGAGGCUAUGUUGAGAGCCGUCGGUCCGCACUUUCUC